AUGGCAGACUUACCAGCGGCUCGGCUUGCCGCAUUUACGCGGCCCUUCACAUAUGUUGGAGUCGAUUACUUCGGCCCGAUGGAGGCAGUCAUAGGCAGGCGGACGGAAAAACGCUGGGGGAUGCUAAUUACCUGCUUAACAGUACGCGCUAUACACAUCGAACUGGUCUGUACCCUAAGCACGGACUCAUGUAUUAUGGGUCUACGUAACUUUAUUUCCCGUCGAGGUACACCAAGAAAAAUCUACAGCGACCGCGGCACGAACUUCAUCGGUGCAAAUCGCGAACUUAAAGAGGCCAUGACAGCACUCGAUGAAGAAAAGUUCGCACGGGAAUUUGUGACACCAGAUACGGAAUGGCAGUUCAACCCCCCGGCUGCACCGCACAUGGGCGGUUCCUGGGAACGGUUAAUUCGCACGAUCAAGACUAACCUAAUGGCGAUCCAACCUGUUCACAAACCUACCGACAAAGUGUUGAGGAACCUGCUUAUUGAAGUCGAAGGUAUCAUCAAUUCGCGGCCAUUGACACACGUCCCUCUUGAUAAUGAUUCGGAACCAGCUCUUACACCCAACCAUUUCAUACUUGGGUCUUCCGACGGAAUGAAGCCACUUACGACCCUGGAUGACAGUAGCUGCGCAUUGCGACGAAAUUGGCGGGCAUCUCAAGUUCUUGCCAAUCAAUUCUGGAGACGUUGGAUCUCCGACUAUCUUCCUGAAAUUACCAGGAGGACAAAGUGGUACGAAAACACAAAGCCAACAGCGGUCGGAGACAUAGUAGUCAUCGUUGAUUCCAAGCUACCAAGGAACUGCUGGCCGAAAGGACGGGUGAUCAACACUAGUGUAGGAAAGGACGGACGCAUACGAUCUGCAACAGUUCAAACGAUGAAUGGGAUAUACGAGAGACCAGUAACAAAACUGGCGGUCAUGGACGUUCGGCGCGAUGAAGAGUAA